AUGAUGAGCAAACGGGACACUCAUCGAAAUCCUCGUAGGAGCAUUAUAUAUUAUAUUCUAUUAUUAUUAUUAUUAUUAUUAUUAUUAUUAUUAUUAUUAUUAUUAUUAUUAUUAUUAUUAUUAUUAUUAUUAUUAUUAUUAUUAUUAUUAUUAUUAUUAUUACUAUUAUUAUUAUUAUUAUUAUUAUUAUUAUUAUUAUUAUUAUUAUUAUUAUUAUUAUUAUUAUUAUUAUUAUUACUAUGA